AUGAUGCUCGCUCGAUGCCGCGCCGCCCUCACGGCAUCUUUCACUUCUGACGCCCCUCUUUACGCCAUCGCGGGCGUUUACUGUCAGAAUGUGCGCUGGAUGGGUCGCGGACCCACUAUUCAAGGCAAGAAGAACGCUACCGAUGCGAAACGCACAACUACCAACGCCAAAUUGGCACGCGAGAUUAUGGUCAUAUCUAAGUCGGUGGGAGGCGAUGCGAAUAACGUGCGUCUUGUGGCAGCGAUAAACAAGGCCAAGGCGGCGAACAUGCCCAAGGACAAGAUUGAGGCGGCGAUCAAGCGCGGUGUCGAGGGCAAAGACGGAAGCAACGCGGAGGCUGUGCUGUACGAAGCUACUGGUCCAGCUGGGAGUGCUCUGAUGAUUGAGACGCUGACGGACAACAAACGCCGAACAGCUCCAGCACUACGUCACAUUCUGGGCAAAAACAGCGGCGCUCUUGGCACGAAUGGUUCGGUCGCUUGGAUGUUCGAGCGCAAGGGCUACCUCGAGAUCGAACUCUCAUCAGGCGAUGGAGAUAAGCCCGAGAUGGACGAGGACACGCUCAUGGAGAUCACGCUCGAGGCGGGAGCUGACGACGUGGAGAUGCGUGAGGGUCUGGCACAAGUCACGUGUGAUCCCAGCGAGCUGGCGGCCGUACGCAAGAGCUUCACUGAGGCUGGACUGGAGCCAGCCAUUUCCGAGCUCAUCUACAAUCCCAAAGAGUUCCUGGACCUCGAGGGUGAGCAGCGUGAGACCUUCGACAAGCUCAUCGACGCUCUCAACGAGGACGAGGACGUCAACCAGAUCCACCACAACGUCAACGAGUAA